UUGUUGCUAGAGUUGGUGACACUGGCGGAGCAUGCGCGCCGAUGACGUCAGCGCGGAAGAUGGCGGCGGCAAGGAAGACGGGAUCUAUGAACUUCGCGAUGCAAAUAUUGGCAGUUUUACUGUCACUCCAGAUCCUUUCUAUGAAUUGUACACCUGUAAAGAGAGCUGACGCGACUAAUAAUACGAGCAAUAAACCUGGAAAGGACACUCUUCAGAGUCAAUCAGGCCAGAUGAAGAAUGUCAACAUCAGCACCGAAGCAGCUGACACUCCCACCACUCCAGACCAGACUACUGACAAACCACCAAAGCCCACCGAAACACACGCAGACCAGCACAAGCCCACCACAACACCUGCAGACCAGCCCGAGCCCACCACAACACCUGCAGACCAGCCCAAGCCCACCAAAACACACACAGACCAGCACAAGCCCACCAAAACACACACAGACCAGCCCAAGCCCACCAAAACACACACAGACCAGCCCAAGCCCACCAAAACACACACAGACCAGCCCAAGCCCACCAAAACACACGCAGACCAGCCCAAGCCCACCAAAACACACGCAGACCAGCCCAAGCCCACCAAAACACACGCAGACCAGCCCAAGCCCACCAAAACACACGCAGACCAGCCCAAGCCCACCAAAACACACGCAGACCAGCCCAAGCCCACCAAAACACACACAGACCAGCCCAAGCCCACCAAAACACACACAGACCAGCCCAAGCCCACCAAAACACACGCAGACCAGCCCAAGCCCACCAAAACACACGCAGACCAGCCCAAGCCCACCAAAACACACGCAGACCAGCCCAAGCCCACCAAAACACACGCAGACCAGCCCAAGCCCACCAAAACACACGCAGACCAGCCCAAGCCCACCAAAACACACACAGACCAGCCCAAGCCCACCAAAACACACGCAGACCAGCCCAAGCCCACCAAAACACACGCAGACCAGCCCAAGCCCACCAAAACACACGCAGACCAGCCCAAGCCCACCAAAACACACGCAGACCAGCCCAAGCCCACCACAACACCUGCAGACCAGCCCAAGCCCACCAAAACACACACAGACCAGCACAAGCCCACCAAAACACACGCAGACCAGCACAAGCCCACCGAAACACACGCAGACCAGCCCAAGCCCACCGAAACACACGCAGACCAGCCCAAGCCCACCGAAACACACGCAGACCAGCCCAAGCCCACCGAAACACACGCAGACCAGCCCAAGCCCACCGAAACACACGCAGACCAGCCCAAGCCCACCGAAACACACGGAGACCAGCCCAAGCCCACCAAAACACACACAGACCAGCCCAAGCCCACCAAAACACACACAGACCAGCCCAAGCCCACCAAAACACACACAGACCAGCACAAGCCCACCAAAAAAGCUGUAGAAUCUAAUGAUCAAAGCAAGGUCACAAUCUACACCCAGGAUGAAGAUUCCCAUUUCUUCUUCCAUCUGGUCAUCAUCGCUCUUCUGGCGGCCAUCGUGUACAUCACCUACCACAACAAGAGGAAGCUGAUGCUGUUGGAACCAGCUCAACCAGAACGUCAACGAGGCCAUGCCCUCUUUCAAGAUUACCGACAAAACCUGUUAGCCUGCACCAAAACGCCCUCGUCCUCAAAGCCUCUCCUCUCGCACGUGUCAGUGAUUUAUGAAUAGAUUAAAUGAAACAGGACAAAUUUAAUCUUGACAAACUAUGUAUCAUUAUAAAGAUCGCUGUUUUUCAAUGGAAAGCUUAUAAAGACUGUAUUUGCUACAUUUGUGUAAGCAGUUUACAUAAAAAACAUGAACAUUAGAAACGCUGUACAUACCAGAUCCGUCGUAAUAACGAGUCAUAAACACAUCUACAGAUGUAAAUCCCGGUUUAGUUAGGAAGGUGAGGGUCCACUGAACGACAUAUAACAAAGCAAUAACCUUGUAAUAUGGAUCAUAAUUCCUUUGUUUACGUUUCAUUUCUUCAGCGACAGAAUUGUUUGCGUCUGUUAUGGAAUAACUCAGGGUCGUAAACUGCGUCUUGGUAGUAAAAACACGGCAUGGUUUUGCAGUUUACAGAGUCACAAACAGAACGAGGAGAUGGUUUAUUUGAAUUUGGCGUUUCUCCUGGGAGCUGGUGACACGCUCUGCUGCACCUGUCAGCUGAUGGAGGCGGAACUUACAGCGAUCGUCUUUUUCCUUUCUUUCUUUUAUUUUUCAAAAGUUUUUAUAUAUGUGAGACUUUGUUUUAUGUUGAAUGUGAAUGUAUCUGCAUGAUUACCAUCUGUUUUAGUGCAAAUGAGCCCAAAUCAGCUCGCUAUCACUGUAUGAUGACGGCUAUCAAAGUGAAUGCGUCUAAAUGAAUAGAGAGAGUGGAUUAUUUACUUUAUGGCACAUUUGGGUUAUUACCAUCUGUAUAAGUGGCCAUCAGCACAUCAGCACUUAUUUGCAUCGUAAUUCAUUGUAAAAGAUGCAUCUCUUGCAAUCUCAGGAUGUUCUAUAUUGGCAAACAAAGUUAAAUAUUUUUUACAUUUUUCUUAUUCUUAUUUUUCUUACUCAAAUUAUUCUUACUGUAUUUUUCUAGUGCUCAAAUAAAUCAUUUAUAUGAUG